AUGGAAUUUGUGCAUGCCAAUGGUCCUUUCCACAACAAGACCAAGGUUAUUUUUGUAUUGGGCUCGACCGGGUGUGGAAAAACAAAACUCUCCAUAGACUUAGCCACUCGUUACAACGGUGAAAUAAUCAACUCCGACAAAAUCCAAGUCUACAAAGGCCUUGACAUUGUGACCAACAAAGCUACAAAGCAUGAGCAAAGAGGCAUCCUCCAUCACCUGCUAGGGUCCAUCCAAGACCCGGAAGCUGAUUUCACGGUGCAGGACUUUUGUCUUCAAGUGCCCAAAGCCCUGGAUGAUAUCACGAAGCGCAACCGCGUCCCAAUCAUUGCUGGUGGAUCCAACACUUACAUCGAGGCGCUUGUCGAAGAUCCAACGCUCAGGUUCCAAGAUAAAUAUGACUGCUGCUUCAUAUGGCUUGAUGUGUCUUUGCCUGUGCUCUAUAAUCGUGUCUCUGAAAGAGUGGAUGAAAUGGUGGAUGCUGGGCUUGUGGAUGAGCUCCGGGAAAUGUUUGUUCCCGGGCAGAUUAUGAGCGAGGCAUUCGUCGGGCUAUUGGAGCUCCUGAGAUGCAUGCAUAUUUCAUGGCUGAAAUGGAUCAUUCAGCAGAUGAGGCCAGAAAGGAAUUUCUGUUCAAAGAUGGGAUUCAAAAAACUAAGGACAAUACUUUGA